AGAGCUUCACACUUCAUUCUUUUACAGCUUCACGCCUUCGCUUGAGGCUCACAGCCAUAGUGCCAGCUAUGUCUUUUUGCCUCUAAAAGCUGUUAAGCGCCUCCCGAGAGCGACAAGCAGCCCGGUGAAAACCCGCUCCUCAGGACCCGGCGUUACGGAAAUGCAGCGGGCAGUCGAAGCCACCUCCUCCACGCUGGGCACCAAGCGCUCAUGAGGGAACGCGCGAGCUCCGCAAAGACUACAGUUCCCAGAAGGCGCAGCGGGGGCGGGAAUCACGCACGCGCAGCCCGGGCUACGGAGAAUGACGUCUCGCUGCGGGGGCUUCUGGAAGAAAAAUGGCGGGACUGAGGCCGCGGGUUCGCUGAGGCGGUCUCUGAGGUGACGGCGGCACGGGAGCGAGGGAGCGGAGCCUGCAGCAUGUCCCAGCCCUUUGCAGAGGUGCUGCGGCUGCCGCAGAGGCAGCUCACGAAGCUGGUGUUCCCGCUGCAGGAGCUCGAGCGGCACCUCGCCCCGGACACGAGGCCCAGCCUGCGCCUGAGGCUCUUCGAGCCGAGCCUGGAGGCCAUAGCGAGGGCGGACGGCCUGUUCACGUCCACAGCCUGGCACCGCAUCGAGUACGUCAGCUCCGCCGUCCGCCUGGACCACGCGCCGGGCCUGCUCCGCCCUGAGGUGUGUUUUAUAGGCAGAAGCAAUGUUGGAAAAUCCUCCCUACUAAAGGCUUUGUUUUCACUGGCCCCAGAGGUUGAAGUCAGAAUCUCCAAAACACCGGGGCACACAAAGAAAAUGAAUUUUUUCAAAGUUGGAAAAUAUUUUACAAUGGUGGACAUGCCAGGUUAUGGCUAUAGAGCACCUGAAGAUUUUGUUGACAUGGUAGAGACCUAUCUAAAAGAACGAAGGAAGGCUUCUGAUGUCACAUCUUCUGUGAAGCUUGACGAGAACAUUUUUGUUAGUGGACAGUGUUGUUGGAAUCCAAAAAACAGACAGUAUCGCCAUAGAAAUGUGUGAAGAAUUUGCAUUACCUUAUGUGUGCUGUAACCUAUUCUGGAAUCCAUCUGUUGAAAUGCUUUAUAGCAAAUAUAACAGGAAACCUUAGGAUUGACAACUCCCAGUCUAGCUGAAGAUUGAAAAGUCUGCGUCGGCUGGAGUUGACACCUAGAAGAGCUUCAGCGUUGUUUUAAAUGCCGUGUAACUUGCAGGAUUGCUUCAGCCUUAAAAUCUGUGUCUUCCCAAAGAAGGGCGUCUGAGGAAAAAAGUUUAUAAAUGAUUGAAUUACGCUGUUCACUAGGGCAGAUAUUAGCUGUUUUUCCUGUUUAACAAACGCAAAAGCAGCAGCGUACAGAAGUCCGUAAAAGGAAGACUUAACUACUGCUGUGUAGAGAAGGGCUGGCCAUGUUCUUUAUUGGGCUUUUGUCUUUUAAAGAACGGCUAUUAUGUAUGUAUAUUUUAGAUAUUAAAAUGGGCUAAGUAAAAGGGCUGCUUGUGUGUUGAAGUAGGGUGAUGGAUAAAUGUUCCUUUGUAUGCCUGUAGCUUCUUUCUUGAGUCUUUAUUUGAAUAUUAAAAAAAAUUAUUCUUGAAAA